GCACACGCGCUCAGUUGAAGUUUGUAGGGCUGUGCCAAAGUGUCGACGAUUCGUCAUAGCGCUCGGAGCAUUAUUUCCAACUUCCUCGCCUGGCACUGGUCGAAGAGAAAGGCUCAUCAUCAUGAGAUAAAACAUAAAUCCGUGUGCCGUGUGUGUGUGUAUUUUGCUGCGCUGGAAUGGUUCAUUGCGUUGAAAGCGUUUAAACGACGGCGCCCUAGCAUUGCCACUGGAAGGAACGGUACUGUGUGUGUGUGCGUGUGCUGUGUGUGGCUGUUUGUGUUCGUUCGUGUGUUUGUGCGUGAAUCCCCGUGGAAAAAAUAAAAUUUCCAGCACAACCCCGAAAGAUAAGCAAAGCCCCCGUCGUCGUUGUGAGACAGUUUUUCUUUCUGUGGCGUGCGAAUGGUUUUGCCCCUGGCGUGGAGCGUUUCAGUGUAGCGCGAGUGUGUAUGCUUGCGUGUGUGUGUGAGUGCGCAGAGAGUGUUAUUUUCCCCAUUUUUCUACUUCCACUUAGCGUGAGACACAACACAAAAGAAGGAAAGCUGUGUCUAUCAUAGCUCCCCCAGUGAAGGUGCUCCACUCUCGGUGUGAUUCUAUUGUGUUUUCGUAGCUCAUUGUGCACUGGAAACUCGGGCUCAUUACCAGCGCCAUUUACCACCGUGUCACCGUCGUUAGGGAACCGCCGUCUUCCCUGUUCGUCCGUUUUCUUUCAUACCUCUGCCAGCGCUCGCCCCGAAACACACACUCACAAGAUGAUUAAAAACAUUUUCGGCAGCAGACGGGCGAAGGAGUCCGAGCGGAACAAGAUCUCCGAGAUCGGGCUGCCGACGAACGUGGUGCACGGGAUGCACGUCAGCAAAAAUCAGCUGACCGGCCAUCUGGAGGGCUUGCCGAAACCAUGGAUCCGCAUGAUGGACGCGAUGAUCACGCACGACGAGCAGAGCAAAAAUCCGGAGGCAGCCUACCAGGCGGUAAAGUUUUACAGCUACUCGAUCAAAAAGAAGGACGCAUCGGAACCGUUCAAGCCGUUCAUCACGGAAGAUGCGAUCCACGAGGAAACGGAAUCGAUCGACCAGUUUCUCGACCAGAAGAGCACGCACAAAAGCGAAGACUCGCUGGCCGGCAGCAGCGAGGAGAGUGAAGCCGUCCCGCAGGUGCCCCCGCCCCCGCUGCCCAAGAAAAGUAUGACCCUGCCGCCGAAACCGCAGCUGAAACCAAAGCCCAAGAACUACACCAGCAAGGUGUACAAAGGCAUGGACAAUCUGCAUCUGAUCGACUCGGGCAGCAACAGCGACACGAUGAUCAUUCACAACGUGCCCCACCUGACGCACCAAAGUUCCUACGCGAUCUGCACGAACGUGAACAACAACAACAGCCUGGACCAGGAGCCGGAGCUGGCCGAUGCCGAUUUGAUACUGCGACCGAAGGAGAAGCUCGCCCGCCAGCCCAAGAGCGACGAGCAGGUCUAUCACGAGCUGAAGAAGAUCUGCAACCUGAACGAUCCGCUCGAGCGGUACGAGAAGACGGUCGAGGUGGGCAAGGGUGCGUCCGGGGUGGUGUUCAUUGCGCUGGAUCGCAACACCGGCGCCAAGGUGGCGAUCAAAACGAUCGACAUGAAGAACCAAUCGUCCAAGGAGUCGAUCCUGAACGAGAUCAACGUGCUGAAGGACUUCAAUCACAAGAAUCUGGUCAACUUCCUCGAGGCGUACUACCUGGAGGACGUCGACCAGCUGUGGGUCAUACUCGAGUACAUGGACGGCGGUCCGCUGACCGACGUGGUCACCGAGACGGUGAUGAAGGAUCGCCAGAUAGCGGCGGUCUGCCGGGAGGUGCUGCUGGCCGUCAGCUUCCUGCACGCGAAGGGCAUCAUCCAUCGCGACAUCAAGUCGGACAACGUGCUGCUCGGCAUGGACGGUUCGGUGAAGGUGACCGAUUUCGGCUUCUGCGCCAACAUCGAGGGCGACGAGAAGCGGCAGACGAUGGUCGGCACGCCGUACUGGAUGGCGCCGGAGGUGGUGACGCGCAAGCAGUACGGCAAGAAGGUGGACAUCUGGUCGCUGGGCAUCAUGGCAAUCGAGAUGAUCGAGGGCCAGCCGCCGUAUCUGAAUCAGGCGCCGCUGCGUGCGCUUUACCUGAUCGCGGCGAAUGGCCGGCCGGACAUCAAGAGCUGGGACAAGCUGUCGGACAAUCUGAAGGACUUCCUGGACCGCUGCCUGCAGGUGGAGGUCGACAUGCGCGCCUCGGCGGACGAGCUGCUGCGGCAUCCCUUCCUGCAGGACUGUAUGGAGCUGCGCACGCUAACGCCGCUAAUUAAGGCCGCCCGAAGGUUGCUGAAGCGGGACAACUAAAGGAAGCGAGCGUCAAGCACGCGCACAACGUGCCCGCGUGCCUGUGCGCUGGUUGCAGGUAACGAGGAGAAGCAGGUUGGGUUAGAAAACCGGAGAGGGGGGAACCAAGCAAGUCAAAAGUAGGAACAGUUUUGCCGUAUGUGGCUGUGAGAUUUAGUGCCUUUUUUAACCCCGCUCGUGUGAGCGAAGCGAGGGAAAAACGAAGACGAAUGAAUGAUUGGGAAACCGGAAAGCAGAACCAGCAAAAGGGGGCACGGGAACGAUAUUGGUGCAAAAUUUGGUUUUGGGGGUGUUUGAUAAAGCAGACAGCAGAAGGGGGGACGGGCGGGGGAGUAUGAGGAGUAAAAACGAACACCCCGGCUCAGGGUUGCGCCAUAGCCGCGCGCGACCAACAAAAUCACACCCCACAUAGUCAACGAGCUUAAAGAUAAGGAAAAAGUAGAGCUUACACACUCUAGCAAUGCGCUGAAUCGAGCGCGAGAUCGAAGGGGGAACAUCGAUAGCGGGCAGUGUCAGUGAGGUAGAGAGGCAGGCAGUAGAGGAUGGCGAUAAGCACAAACUGCGGUCGAACGUUAGCGAGGGCUCUGCACGGGGCAUGGCACUGUGCAACACGGUUGACGGCAGCAUUCGAUUCGAGUAUUAGCUCACUGGCGUCGACACAGAACAAUCAAUCAUACAACACGCAUAACCCUUGCAGCCACGCAGUGCAUCUAGGGUGAAGGAAGCAGCAGUAUUCUAGGCAUGGACUAUAAGCACUAAGGGGCGCAACACAGGAUCAUUUUCCAUUACAUUCCACUAUUCCGGACGAAGAAAGUAAAUUCCUUUCCAUCGUGUUUUGUUCGGUCGUUUGGUGUAAUCCAGCUUCAUUUAAAGGGAACGUUCACUGCCAUUUGAUAGUUUGUAGUAAGAUCGUAAAUGUGCAUUACACAGCAUAGAAUGACGUUUUUGUGCGUUUUUUGUAGCGGGCCGAGUGGAACAAUCCGCUUUACUAAUGAGAUGGCUUUUUAUGUUGCCUUUUGCGUUCGUGCUCAUGAAAGGAAAUUAUGAAAGGCAGCGACCAAAAGCGAGCUAGCGACAGCAAAAGAAAAUCGCUGCGUCCUUGUCAUACUGUUCGCGUUCGAGUGCCUGCGGGAAGGGGGAAGAGGUCAGACAGAACGAUAAUAAUGUCGCUUGCGAUUAGCCGGAACCGACGGGCUGCUCAAGUCCGUGCCAGUGGGCCGCCGUCGCCACGAGGCAAGCAAAUGAAAUAAAACUUCGUUGUGUCUGGUGCGGGGAAACGCAGCAAACCCAUCGCCAGCCCUUCUUGUUCCGUUCUGUUCUGUAACCCCUGGCUGCGAAUGUGUCAUUGUGGAAGUCUCUUGUACCCUUACCAGCUCGUGCGCUUGACGGCCUCGGCAAUGAUGACGAUGGCGAGACGGACUGACUGGCGUUGUGGGGUAGUAGCAGUAGACUCUUCCAGCGGUGUCGAUGUCGUCUUCCUGCGCGACCGCACAAACCCGUAUUGGCGUUGAACUCGACUAGGAGUCACCGAGCAGCGAACCAUCUCAAGCGCAGCCUGAUACGCGUGCGAUGAUGCUGAUGGUAUGCAUUGAUGAUGUUGGUGGUGGUUGCGUGCAUCAUUCAUCACUGCUUUGUUGCGUGCAGUAGAACGAGACAGCACGUGCACGUAGACGGCGCUCGUUUGAACGUGCACAGAAAGUGCAUUCGAUCGUCAGUUGCAAGUGCGCUUUGGGCAUCUUGUAGUGUAAGCGAGAGGGAAAACCGGGUGCAGUUAGUGCUCUCUGGUGCUGUUGUUUUCUCUGCACUGCACUGUCCGGGUCCAGAAAAGAGUGUGUGUGGCUGGAAUUAUUCUAUUAAAAUUUACAUCUCAUUGAAGAAAAUCACGUUUGGGUAGCGCGGCGCGGUGCAGGGUUCGGAGAUUUUUGCAGUGAGCAUUCCCCCCUGGGUAUUGCCUUUGUCGUGGUGGAGCGCCGGUGCUGUACGAAGCGUUCUUGCCUUGUCCCAUUAACACUACGAUGCGAUUUUGUCGCCAAGAGAGUCGUUUUAGCAGAGGAAACUUGUGUCUUGUGUUGUGUACGCGUCGUGAAGGCAAAACAAACCUCCUAAAUCCGGAUGAAGAUGGCACGGUUUAGCCUUUUGCGCUACCGUUCAUCGCACCCGUGUGGACGUCCUAAAGGAUCGUAUCGUUGCAGACUCGGGCAAACGACGACGCAUCGUGUCGCCAGCUGGAUUGAAAUUCUUCCCAAAAACACACACACAAGAGCAACGCAACCGCAACGAGCAUAAUGUGCUACUACCCGUUGCCGCCUGGACGGGCAGACACACGACGACAUGCCUAAUGCCCAUGGGUAGACAUACAUGUGAUGAAGAAAACCCGGCCGACCGAAGCAAAAAAAGAGGGAAUUUUUAUGCUCGUUUUAUGUGCGUUAUAAAAAUAAUUUGCCUUCACACAAGUGUUGACUUUAAUGGACGUUCUGCCUUCGGAGCCACUUACUGCUUCGCUUGUUUUCUCGCAAGCUGUAGUAGAAUAGGCAAAUGUGCAGAUGUAACCUGUUUUUCGUAUUGGAUUUAAUAUUUGAAACAUCAUCCGCUCUGGAUACUUGAAUCCUUUAUCAAUUCCGUAAUUGAACAAUCCUUUAUCAAUGCGUGAUUGAAACUGACAUACUAAACGCCUAUCAUCUACCGCCGAACCUGAUGCUCCAUUUAAAUCGCACCAAACCACCCGCUCCUGCAUGAGAGUGAGAGUGUCAUGACCGUUUGGACCAAAGGUAAGAAUAAACCUUCCCGGUUAUACCUAUGACUCAUCGUUAGCGUUUCAUCUAAAAUACCACCAUUAAAACCCACCAACUUUCUUCAACAUACCAGCACAACAGCGCCGUGUCCACUCAGCCAACCGGCGGGACCGCCUCGAGACGACGCUUAGCAUGGUUUUUAGCUGUGGCUGUAUUUGUGGAUGAUUCAUCCGCCGAAAGUCCUCCCCUACUAUCGCGUUUGUAACACGAACGGUACACACAUGGGCGUGUGUGAUGUCGUCCACCUCAACCCUCUCAAAUGAAUUAAAUCCACAACACUAUUCAGAUCCCCCCUCGGUAGCAGCAACAACACGCUGAUAAAGAUGUGCACAAUCACGGGUGGAAGGUUGAAGGUGAGAAAUUCAAUCUUGCCGUGAGGAGGGUGGUUUUGAGCGAUCGGUUUCCCCAUCUUCUCGUGUUCUUAGAAUAGCGCAUGUGUUGGUGCUGGUGCUGUAAAGAAAUGUAAAUACAAUGUACCGGGGAUGCAAUGCUACCAAUGUUCAAUUUAUGAGUGAGGGUACUCGGUUCGAAUAUCGUUUGAAGAGAAGUGGAGGUUAACUGCGGUGGUGGGCCUUGACCGAGAGAACAAUCACCGUGCCACUGUUAGGAAAGGAAAAGAAGAUCAACUUCUGACAUAUGCAGGGCAUAAAGUAUUGCUUUUAUUUGUAUAGAGUUUUUUUUUCUGGUAAAUAAACUGUUCCCUUUUGGGGCCUUUGUUUAGCUUUAAAUAAACAAAAUUGCGCGCACACUCUAUCCUCACCGGCCUAACCGGUCCGACGAUGGCAGGUGAAGAACGAUUCUUCUUUUUACACCGUUUGCUAGCACAAAACAAUUGCAUGGCAUGCUGAUUACAUGGUGCGCUUUGAAAAAACAAAAACAAAAACCGGUGCUUUAAUGUUUCACGCCUCGCGGCAGCGAUAAUCACAGCGAUCGGUGUACACCAAGCUGACACCACGUGCUGCGGGGAGGAAGCUACUGUAGCUGGUGGAGAGUGUGUAAGCACUCGAUGUCUAUCGAAACGGACGGUUACGGCACCGUAUGGCCCUGAUGAUGAUGAUGAUGGUGAUGGUGGUACCCGACCCACUUCCGUCUCACGAAACCCUCAAAAAGCAGGCGAGAAUCUUUACGACAGUAGUGUACCCCCGCGUAUCUUGGUGAUGAGAUAAAUUAAUUUGACCUUAUGCUGCUACCUCUACCUCAAUGUGUUGGGAUUCCAGUACUCCCUGAAACACCAACAAAGCUCUCCAAUCGUACUAUUGUAAUAUUGUACCGGUUGUGUUUCUUUAGGGAGGUCGCCGUGCGCGAUGAAGGAAGUGUCAACCGGGUGUGUAAAUCGGGCAGGAUAAAUUCACACUUCCGGCUUGGUUGAAGUGUUGAUCGCGCUCGCACGAAUAAUGCGUUUGUCAUUCCCAGUGGGUGUACACACUAUGCAAGACCCCCAGCAGUAGGAUGGAUGGGUAAUACAUUUAUUGGCAUUUUUCUUCAAUUUCGUAAACCCAUCUCUCUUAACCUGACCAAGCGUGCACCGUGUGUCGAUUUGUGCGAUGCCAUUUAUCAAUCGUUAUCAGAUAACACAAGUAUGCAAGCCCCCUCCCCCUCUUCACUAACCGAGCACAGCAGAUUACAUACAGUUGCACCGCAUCCCAUCAGAGAGGGAGUGUCUUUUGACAGUGUGUGUGUGGGGCGAGGUGCUGAACAAAUGAACUCUCCAUUUCCUUUCGGAAGCACUGCGAGGUGUGAGCUACACCUUCCCGCGUAUCACAGCAGAGAGAAUCACGUUACGUUACGGACACUUCCGGUUGCUUCUUAUCAGCAGGACGGACAUGAAUUCGCACUCUUAGGAAUGCGAUCUGUUGGGCGGUGGUGUGGACGGUGUCUUAAUCUGAUGCAUUGGUGCAUCCUAUGGCAAGACUCUCUUAGUAGAAGGUGGUAGACCCGUGAUGCGUGAACCGUGCGUAGCCUUAAUCCAUGAAACACAAUAAUGUUUUAAUAUAGCCGAAGGGCAGCCAUCAUUUGGCUGGCAGUGUGUGAGGUGCUCAAGCAAGGCUUGAGCUCAUUCCCCGCAGUCAGCGCGCGCAAGUUGAUUGCCUUGAACAGUAUUUGUGGACGCUGCUGUUGCGGGUGUUGGACCACUUUCAGGCAAGGGGGUUUCCCGAUCGUGCACACUCACACCAGCUUGUAAAGCCACACGAGGAAGCCGAAAAACUCCCAACGCCGCAACAAUACACCACGCAACACCAUAUGUAGCACAUGUUUCGCAUAAACGCCAUCGAAAAACCUCCAGAAGGAACUAACAUGAAUCGAAUUGCUAACGUCUUCCGCGUGACGCCCGCUCCAAAGUGCCUAGCCAUCGCCCGUGUUACAUAUUAGGCCCUGAUAGAGACGUUACGUGGUCUGAUACUUGACACUGUACUCAACCACGUGAACUUCUUGCGUCUCUUAUGAAUUUAAAGAAAGGAAGAGCGUCUGCAUCUGCAUCGUCCAUGUACAGUGUAACACUAUCCCAGGCCAUAUUUAGGGUUUGACGAUCGGAGAAUUACCGUCCAGCAGAUUGUAGUGGGGCGGCCCAUUUGUUUUGCGUGUGCAUUGAGAAGGUCGGUCGGUUAGCAGCCGCCAGAAAGUGGAAAACAUUUGGGAAAAGAAGUAUUGUUUAGGGGUGCGUGUUUGAAUUACUAUUACUACAUUUUGUACAUAGCAGAGGGACGGAGAGGUAUUGAUUUCCAUUUAAUCGAAAUGCAUCCAUUGUGGGCAACAAAUCGGCAGCACGCGUUUCUGUUGCUGUUUUAAUAGUGUAAAUAGGUACAUAGUCCUGGCAAACAAACCAUCACAAUCAAUCCAGCCCGACCGAUAACGAAAGGGUACUCUACCUAGGGCACUUACAGCGAGAAAGCUUGCUUCUUUUUUUUUUAAUUCGUAUCUGAUGGACAAACAUUCGCACCAAUGCGGUAAAUGCUUUUCAAUGCUAUUUGUUUUUUUUUUUAAUAUAAAAAGCGCAUGUAUUUUUAUACGUAUUACAAGGUUAAGAAAAGUGUGUGUGAGUGUAACCAGGUAGGAGGAAGGAGCCACAUUACAUUACCAAGCGCACUUUGUGUUGUGCUGCCAAGCACAACUGCAUAUGUAUCAAGCAUUUAGUAGGAAUGAUGCAGUGGUGAUGAUCUUUGGGGACAUUGAAUUACAACAUUCUUUUGCAGCAUUAGUCGGUGUAAAUGAAAGUGCGAAACGAAUAACGACGGUGUGAUAGGAUAUUAUUCGGUAUUAGCUAUGGACGUUUUUGAAGUAUUUUCCUUCUUUCUUUUUGUUCCAACGAACGUAACAACCACAACCAUGCACAACCAUUCACACACGUAAAUAGCAUUCGAUACUGGACAUUUUUGUAGUACUUUUUUUGGCAAUAUUGUUAAACGUUUUAUGUAUAGAAUAUAGUUUGUGAUAGGACGAUGUA